AUGGACUCACCUCUUAAUCCAGUAGAAGAGGUGCCAAUGCAUAGCUCAUUAAAUAUAUUUUAUUACAAAGGUCGAGCUUUUGCAACUGGAAAAUUUUUCAAUGAUAAAAGAAAUCUAUAUGCUUUCAGUAUGAAAAAGGAAAAGCAAACAGGAGCGAUUGCUUUCAUAUACUAUGACAAGAAACUUCCAAAGAAAUUACAAGUGUUAAAAGAUAAUGGAAACCCUGUUUUAAUCUUAGACAACAAGUCCGUGUCAAUGUUUGGGACUUCAUUGCAUAGUGUGGAUAUAAAUGCAGAUGACUUCUCAGAGCUUGUUGUUGGGGCUCCAGGCUUUUCUCAAAUAGAUGGUGGUUAUGAAAACGGUGCUAUAUAUUUAUAUGAAGGUGGAGGGCCAAUUAUGGAGAGAAGAGAACCGACACACCGUAUUAUAGGUAACAAAGAUGGUUCUCGCUUCGGUUCAUCCAUAGCUUCCACUGAUCUGGAUGGAGAUGGUUUACCAGAAAUUUUCGUUAGUGCACCUUACGAAAAUGGAGGCGCUGGUUCUGUAUACGUUCUUUUAGGAUAUGAAGUGAAGAAAUUACUCCGGAGUUCAGUUAAGGAAACCUCAUUAUCUAGCUUCAUGUAUUCCCAAACUUUAGAGAUAUCAAAAUUUAAAUCCUUCGGCUAUAGUCUUCAUUCAUUUACCAGGAACGGUGUAAAUUUCUUAGCAGUGGGUUCGCCAUCCAGUGGUAAGAUUGCAUUAUAUCGUAGCAUAUCCUUUAUCAAUGCUACGUUGUCAAUGUACCUCAAAGGAGAUAAGGCGGUUCGAGAACAAGAUGAAAAUUUCGUAGCAGUCAUAAAAAUUCAACUGGGCUAUCCCGAAAAUAUAUUAGAUACAGAUAUAAAAUUAUUCCUGUGUACCGAUCUGUCUGGAGACGAAGCUAAGAUUCAGAAUAAAACAAUAAUUGAGUUCAAUUUAUCGAAGGAAAAACCAUCCGAAGUCAUAUUUAACAUUGUUGUACUGUUGGCUAGGAGAGGCCCUGGAGAUUAUAAGAUAACUGCUAAAGUGAAAACAGAUUUGGAAAUAUCUGAAGAACGUAAUAUUAUACCAAAAGAAUUCAAUAGGUCAUUAGUGAUGAUAACUCCGCAAAGUCAUAGAGAGGCGGUUUUAGAAGUGUCGCGACACUGUAAGGGUGACGAGUGUGUUCCCCAACUGUCUCCUUUUUUGGAAUGGUCUGGCAGGUCACCUGAUACAUACCUGUUAGGUUCGAGUGUGAAAGAGACAAUGAAGAUAAGUAUUUUGAAUGAAGGCAGCAAUACGUACGAUUCUUGUGCAUGGAUAAAAGUUACAGGAGCUCAGAGUACUAUUGAUAUACAGUUAGAUAUGAGCCACCCUACUAACAUGGAAGAAAGCCUAAAUAUUAAAGUCCUUCUAUUCAACCACUGUGCCUCUUUAAGUUCGAAUGCAACUUCUGAAGAAAACAAGAAAAUUACUUACACAUUAUCUUCUGAGCACCUAUACGUUGAAGGGUCAUCCAUGGAUCGAAACUUCACGGAGAGUGAACUGAAAGAUUUGGGAACAAAUGACACUAUAAGCGUUCACGAAACGUAUAAGAUUACAAAUAACGCCUCGAUAUCUUGGAAAUCUGUAGAAGCUGUACUAUCACUACCGAACUUGAAUUUCAUACAGAAUUAUUUACGACGUCCUUCUGCAGCAAAUAGUAGUGAAGCAAGAUGUUCUUUACCAGAAACACAGACAAAGGAGGAUUAG